AAAUCAAAUUUGUUCUCAGUUAACAGUCUUUUGAAUCGCAUAAUCAACUUUUAGGUUUUCCAAUUUCUUCUCCGAUCAGAAGAAUGAGUUCAACCGGUACAACCAAGGGCGGAAGGGGCAAACCAAAGGCCGCUAAAUCAGUUUCCAGGUCAUCUAAGGCCGGUCUUCAAUUCCCCGUCGGAAGAAUCGCUAGAUUCCUCAAAGCUGGAAAGUAUGCUGAACGUGUCGGUGCCGGUGCUCCGGUCUACCUCUCCGCCGUCCUUGAGUAUCUCGCUGCUGAGGUUUUGGAAUUGGCUGGUAACGCUGCUAGGGAUAACAAGAAGAAUCGUAUUGUUCCAAGACACAUUCAACUUGCAGUAAGGAACGAUGAAGAACUUAGCAAGCUUUUGGGUUCUGUAACCAUCGCUAAUGGUGGUGUUUUGCCUAAUAUUAAUCAGGUUUUGCUCCCUAAGAAGACUGGAAAGGGAAAAGACGAUAUUGGAUCUGCUUCUCAAGAAUUUUAGGGUUUAUGUGUUCUGUUCUGAAUAGAUCUUAAUUUUGUUAUAUUGCAGUGGUAACGGAACAUACAUGUUUAAUUGAUUAUUAACUGCUUCAAUUUUAUAAGGACAAAGGUUUAUUAAUCGAUUCACUUGUUUCUAUCAAGUUAAGAAAAAUUAUUAGUGUUAUGCCUC